ACGGUUCAGUUCGCAAAAGUGCGCGGUUUAAAGUGGACCUUUGCCGCGAAGCAGUGAAAUUUGUUGAAUUUGUGUGCAGUUGUGUGACACCCGUCGAUUGUUCUGGGACUACCGGAUACCCAAGAAUUUGAAAGACCUGUGUAGGCCGCUCUCUCAUCCAAUCGAGGUACUAUUUGAUAGCGCUCUUUAACUAGUGCGUAAACGAAUUGAUUGAAGUUGGGCGGUGAUAUCAGAGGCCGCUAGUCAUGACGGAGAAAUCAAAUGGUACCGGUGGGACCAGGUUUGUCACCACUAUCGCAAACAAGUAUCCAUCAUUUCGCGACGAACCGUUGAAAACGGUGUAUCGAUGGAUUGAGGGGAAGCGCCGCGACGAUGGCGCCGAAGGACUCUGGCGGAUUCACGACGAUUUGUAUGACUUUACAGAAUUUAUCGACAGACAUCCGGGUGGGUCAGAAUGGAUUCGCGUAACGAAGGGCACGGAUAUUACCGAAGCAUUCGAAACCCAUCACAUCACAACUCGAGCAGAAAACCUCCUGCCGAAGUAUAAAGUUCGUGAAGCAAAACAGCCACGGAACAUACGGUUGACCUUUAAGGAAGACGGAUUUUACCGAACUCUGAAACGGAGAGUACGUGAUAAAUUACAAGAGGUCGACAAGACGCCAAUCAAAACAUCAAAGCUGAUUAUCGACUCUUUGCUUGGAUCGGUUUUUGUGUUCGCUUUCUUGGCGAUGAAAUUCAACAGCUACCUAUUGGCGACAUUAUGCGCAAUGUGUGUCAACUGGACUAUAAUUUCUGCUCACAAUUACUUUCACCAGAAAGAUAAUUGGAGAAUGAGGCUGUUCAACUUAUCCUUCUUCAGCUAUAGAGAAUGGCGCAUUUCUCAUGCAAUUUCACACCACCUUUACCCGAAUUCGAUACUUGAUGUGGAAAUAUCUUUUUUCGAACCGAUACUCUGCUGGUUACCUAAUCCUGCAAUCAAAGGAACAUUUCAACGUUACGGAGGCUGGAUUUACGGACCGAUAGUCUAUGCGUUCAUACUGUACUCAGAACUCCUGAAGAGACUGAUCGCUACCAUCAAAACGGGUAAAAAUAGUUUCUUCGCAGAUGAUAUGAUAGCGCUUAUCUUACCCACCUUCAUGUACCUGGUUGAGUCGAGUUGUGUAUGGAGCGUACUGAAAAUGUGGAUUUACAUUACACUGGCCACAAGCUUCUUUUUCGGGCUGGUUGGGAAGAAUGCCGCGCAUCAUCAUCCGGAGAUUUUCCAUGCGGGUGAUGAAAUCCCAGACGAAAUCGACUUUGGAAUGUACCAAAUAGCUGCGGUGAUGGACCGAGCCGACGUGAAAGGUUCCCAUUUCGCAGUGUUGACCAGUUUCGGUGAUCAUUGUUUGCAUCACUUGUUCCCCACGCUGGAUCAUGGGAUUUUGCCUCAGUUGUAUCCUAUCUUUCAUCAAACCUGCGAAGAAUUUGAGGCUGUCUAUCGGGAGUGUUCGUGGCUGCAUCACAUAAUCGGCCAGCAUCGGCAGCUGGCUCGAAUCGAGCCAUUCACCUACCAACCAACGAAGAAGUCCAAGUGAUUUAAAAAUUAUCGAUGAUGUGAAAUUGAGAUGUGAUAUUGUGGUAGCCUAAAAGGGUGUAGGUGGGGAAACAAACAGACAUACAGUUUAGUGGUUUGCAUAUGAUGUAAAUAUGAUGUAGAGUUAGUUCCUUAAA